AUGGAUGGAUUCCAGAAUGGUAUCCAGAGGAUGGUUAUCACUGGUGGAAACUUCAAGUUAGAUCAACUCAAACCUAAAGAAGUUGUAUCCCUUCUCCUAGAUGAUGAGGAUAUUGAAAUGAAGUUUCGGAUGAAGCAGUCAGAGAAGAAGAGCACGGAUGACAAAUCUCAAGGCAAAGAAAGAAAACGCAAGAGAGAUAAAGAUGGUGAAAGUGUGAAGGAAGUUGGAAAGAAGGUCAAAUCUGAGAUCAUAUCUGACACUGCUAACUUAUCUUUUGAUGGAGAUGAUUCUAUCCUUAGUAUGGAUUCAUCUGCUCCCAGCCCUGUUAGUGUGCCUCACAAACUGGAAUUACCUGGUGCUAAUGAGGUCAAGUUUUAUCAUACUCCCCAGAAAGAUGAAGAUGGUCUUGCAUCAUUUUACAUGGAAAUGUAG